AAGUCUGUUGUAAGGAGGCAUCUCACCAUUGGGAAGCCCAGAAACAGGCUACACCUCUUAUUUUGUUCGGGGGGGUUGUGGGAGAAUCUUCACGAUUCAUUUCAUGUCAGCCGCGGGGACAUUUUUUUACUUUUAACUUUCUCUCUCUGGCAAAAAAAACCAACCCCGUAUUACGCACUCCAAACAGAAGUAGAGGACAAGACGGGUUUUUCUGGUGUGGACUUCUCUUUCCAGACGUGUUUUUUUUUUGUGGUUAUUAUUUUGUUCGUGGGGGAACACUUUCCAUUUCCUGGAGUAGUUUUAUCCAGAGGUUAUUAAGAAUGAGAUAGCAGGUAUGCCCGCAGUGUACAGCACGAGGACUUCUUCCCAACGGGGCGGACACAAGGACUCCUGCUGGGAUCAAACCAGCAACCUUUUAGCGGCAGCAGAGACCUUCCAGCCAACAGGCGCCUUCAUUCCAUCCAUCUCCAUGUAUUGUAUGGACGUUCCCCCCGGCACCAGAUCCAUUCAAAAACUUUUCUAGACUUCACUUGGUGAUACCAAGCUUGCCUCCGCGCCCUUUAUUGCCUUUAUUUCCUUUAACGUGUACGCGUUAUUACAGCCACGGCGGCUCAGUGCCCUUCGUAUUCAUUCAGUUUGACACGUUUCUGUACACAUUUCUACACUUUAAAGAGUUGUGGCUUAAAUCUCGCCGGCUCUCAUGGGACUGAGGCAUUCGUCGCGUUGUUUGCUGCUACGGCGGAAGAUGGCGGAGGCGGACAGCUCGGAGCGGCAACAGCCUGUCACGUCCCCCCUCUCUCAGUCUGCCCAGCCCGCCCGACUGCCUAAACCAGUGCCUACGACCCACCAUGUGCCCUGCAUCCCCCGCACGCCUCAUGUAGCCGCCAGGGCCACCUGUCCUGGUCGAGGCAAGACUUCCGAAUUCAUCAGCCCGGAGGAAAUGACAUCAAGGGACUACUACUUUGACUCGUAUGCCCAUUUUGGCAUCCACGAGGAGAUGCUGAAGGACGAGGUGCGGACGCUGACCUACCGGAACGCCAUGUACCACAACAAGCAUGUGUUCAAAGACAAAAUUGUCCUGGAUGUUGGCAGCGGCACCGGGAUCCUCUGCAUGUUUGCCGCCAACGCCGGCGCCAAACACGUGUACGGGAUUGAAUGUUCAAGCAUAUCCGAAUACUCUGAGAAGAUUAUCAAGUCAAAUCACCUACACAAUGUCAUAACCAUCUUCAAGGGCAAGGUGGAGGAGGUGGAGCUCCCUGUGGAAAAGGUGGACAUUAUCAUCUCGGAGUGGAUGGGCUAUUGCCUCUUCUACGAGUCCAUGCUCAACACCGUCAUCUUCGCCAGGGACAAGUGGCUGAAACCUGGAGGCCUGAUGUUCCCUGACAGAGCAGCUCUUUACGUGGUUGCCAUUGAAGACAGGCAGUACAAAGAAUUCAAGAUACAUUGGUGGGAAAACGUGUAUGGCUUCGACAUGAGCUGCAUUCGCAACGUGGCCAUCAAAGAGCCUCUGGUGGACGUGGUGGAUCAAAAGCAGGUGGUGACUAACGCCUGCCUCCUAAAGGAAGUGGACAUCUACACCGUGAAGCCGGAGGACCUGUCCUUCACGUCGGCCUUCUGCCUGCAGACCCAGCGCAACGAUUACGUCCACGCCCUGGUCACCUACUUCAACAUCGAGUUCACCAAGUGUCACAAGAAGACCGGCUUCUCCACUGCCCCAGAUGCUGCCAGCACACACUGGAAGCAGACAGUGUUUUACUUAGAGGACUACUUAACUGUCAAGAAGGGAGAGGAGAUCUUUGGGAGUAUUGCUGUCAGGCCCAACGACAAGAAUGUGCGCGACCUCGAGUUCACGAUGGAGCUCGACUUCAAAGGACAACUAUGCGAGGCCGCCAUUUCCCACGACUACAAAAUGCGUUAGGAGCGACAACCGCCGACCCACCACCCUCCGCCGCUCUCGAGGGAGCGGCCCGGGCACGCAUUCCGAUUGGAGGCCGUCACGCCAGCGCCCCAGUGAUGUCAUCAGAAUAGGCAAAUAUCUAUCAGCGACCGGGUCCGACCGGGCCUGCACUCCAUCGACCUGGGCACAUCGCCGAAUGUAACAUCCUAAAUGAACUUGAUUUUUUUUUCUUUUUUUUCUGAACUUUUGUUACAUUUCAGUAUAAAUGAGUCUUUGUAAUUGUUAGUGCAGCUAAACGAAAGGCGUUGAUGUUGAGAGGGUCACCGCACGGUCAUCAUCGGUUUCUUCUUUUAGUCAUCGUCAAAAUGUAUUACGCAACGUGUUUAGAGAGUGACGUAAAUUAAGUGUUUUACGCACGUGUGAAAUGUAUUAUUAUUAUUUUUUUAAUCUUAAAUUGAGGAUAUUUCAGAACAAACGUGCUCUGGAGCCAGAAGAAAAGAGAACAAUGCCUCAGAACAACAACAACAGACACAGAUGCAAUAUGCCAUGUACCGCUUUGUUUUGAUUGGACAAAGAAUAUGUAAGAAAAAAAAAAAAGGAAAAAUACAUGGACAACGAUGAUGAAUAAAAUGUCAAAGAAUUCGA